UUAUGGGCCUGCAACUAAACUUGAAAGUCUGCGGUGGUCCGUUCUGCUCAUCAAGGGCCCAAAUGCAGCGAUAUUUCUGCAGAAGUAUGAACAGCAUUUGUUGAGUAAAGGCAACGCUACAAUGGGAUUGAUAUGCUGUAGGUUGAGGAACGGUGCUCAAGGAAUGUGUGCGGGAAGAUCGCUUCUGUGAUCAGCGGUGUUGUGCUCGAAGACUGGGAGAGGCCGGUUGAAGCAAGGCCGGUGAAGUAUUGGUGUCAUUUUCGCUUGGAGCAACGUGUUGCUUGUAUUUUAUCAGGCUGGAAUUUCAUCCAAUUGAUUGAACGCUGGCAAAGGACAGUCUGUCUGGGAAUUGUGGAGACGACCAGAUUUCCCCAGUUGAUUUGUUGACAGUCAUUUCCAGCUUGCUAAUGUUACUCUGAUAGCUUAGAUGAGAUAGCUAGCUGUUUGGCUUAGAAGCUAGCUAAUGUCUUAUGAGCUAACGUUAACUCCUAGCUUCAUCCAGAUUUUUAAUGCAGUCGGAAUGGGAACACUAACCUUAUGAAUGGACUGAUUACCAUGACCAGUAGACAAGGCGAAUGCAAACUUAUAAGAACGUUUCCCACUUGUUAGUGUCCUUUUUAUUUGUGCUUCGCCCUCUUGGUUUGUGCACCGUUAAGAGUUUGUGAAAAAGGUAGGCAGCUAGCUUGCUGGCUAACAAACAAGGUUCGUUAGAGAGAGCAUGGAUGGGCGUAGAAGGUUUACUUGCUAGCUAGCUUGCUACUCAAGGCAAAUCGCUAGUUGAACGCGGGCGUUGCAUUGCUUUUUUUCCUCCCCCAAGGCACGUUUGCUUAUUUCUUGUCUUAUGUUGAACUUUUUGGAAAAUUACAUUGCCACGAUUGCUUUUGCAUGCCCUGUCCACACAAGUAGAGCUACCGUUUUGUGGAGAGAUUUCUAUGGUGUAACGGUUGCCGCUUGAUUUAUGUGGCUUGUGAACAAACACACCUAAAGGUUGGGUCAGGCACAUAGCUACACCCCAAAUGAAGGAGUACAAAGUGGUGGUUCUGGGCAGCGGAGGCGUCGGCAAGUCCGCGCUGACCGUCCAGUUUGUCACCGGCACAUUCAUCGAAAAGUAUGACCCGACAAUAGAGGAUUUCUAUCGGAAAGAGAUCGAAGUGGACUCGUCCCCCUCGGUUCUGGAAAUCCUGGACACGGCAGGAACAGAGCAGUUCGCCUCGAUGCGAGACCUGUACAUAAAAAAUGGCCAAGGCUUCAUCCUAGUUUACAGUCUGGUAAACCAACAAUCAUUUCAGGACAUCAGACCCAUGCGGGACCAGAUUGUGCGGGUGAAGCGCUUCGAGAAGGUGCCCCUGAUCCUGGUGGGCAACAAAGUGGACCUGGAGUCGGAGCGCGAGGUGGCCGGGCAGGACGGCCGGGCACUGGCCCAGGAAUGGGGCUGUCCCUUCAUCGAGACCUCGGCCAAGAGCAAGACCAUGGUGGACGAGCUGUUUGCCGAGAUCGUGCGGCAAAUGAACUACGCCACGCUGCCGGAGAAGCAGGAGCAGUGCUGCACGGCGUGCGUGGUGCAGUGAGGGUUCACUGGCUCUGUACAGACCGUACCACCCCCCUCCACCUCAGACACAACCUGGCAGUAUGCCCCUUGAACCAGUCUGCAGUCUGCUCCUCUGACGUCAGACCACCGUCACCACCACCACCACCAACCCCAAUGGAGCCUCACCAGCGACUCGAGCGACACCCAC